ACGUGUCUGUGUUAAAAGUGUGCGCGCGUGUGUGUGCGCCCGUGUGUGUGUGUGCGCGCGCGUGUGUGCGCGCGUGUGUGUGUGUGUGUUGGCUGAAGUGGGAGGUGCCAUGUCGACGUUAGGAAGUUUACUGAAUGUUUUACGGCUAGAGCAGUUUGGUGAUGAUGGGACACUCUGAAAGAUGCUCAGACCCGACAACCUUCUGGAAUAGAAAUAUUUUAAAAUGUGAGCCUUGCACUAAACGGAAAGGAUAUGAAAUCACCCCUAACUGUGGCAAUGGUGACGACGGAUCUAAACACGAUGUCCCGCACAAAAGGUGCAAAGCCAACACGUUUAAUGAUGGCAGCGGUGCAUACUGUAAACCUUGCUCCUUAUGUCCGCUUGGGUUUACCAUUUCGAGCCCGUGCACCACGACUACUGACACUAAGUGCGAAGAUCCAAGGACGAACACAGUGAGGAUGACGCUGGUAAGCAUUAUUCCAACAAACCAAGGAUCCAGCUUGAAACCAAAUGAAGCUACUUCAACUCCCCCGUCUCCAAAAGUUAUUCGUGAUGCAGACCUGCUGUGGGCAGUACCGUUGGUGACACUAGUUUCCAUCUUGCUUGUGUUAGUUGCUUGUCUAAUCUACAUGAAGAGGAAAAGAGGCCAGCACACAGUAUUAACCUAUAGCAGAAGAUCAUCAUACGUCAAUUCAGGGUUCUCUCCUCUGUCUGCCCCACCUGGUAACAACGAUCUGGAGGAGAUUCUGAGUCCCAACAUCCUGUCAGCACCUUUACAGACAGUGCUGGACAACCUGGAUGUUUUAGAAGAGCUGGUGAUUCUGUUGGAUCCAGAAAGCCAGGGAGUAAAAAACACCAAACAUCUGGCGUCUUUUUGCUCCUUCCCUGCCACCUGGAUUACUUACACCUACUCUAUGAAGGAGAGUAAGAGCCCUCUAAAAGCUGUGUUGGAGGGAGUCACCAGCAGGCACCCUGACUUGACAGUAGGGUACCUGGCUAAGCUGCUCAAACGUAUGGAGCGUAAUGAUGCCAUCGCUGUUCUUGGGAAACUAGGACAGGAUGUGAUGCAGGUGUAAUAUUCAUUCCACAUGUGAAUGCAAAAUUACUGCAAGCUUUGGACUGCAGCUGUUAAUCUAAACAUGUCUGUGGAAUCCACAAAGAAAUUAUGGAAAAGUGUGGAAAAGGCAGCUUGUCAAACAGAUCUGUAGUAAGACAAAGGAAAACUAUAGGGAGAGAAUGGUUCGAUGCAACAACAAAAAAAUGAAUUGUACAUAUCAUGUUUUUGUUCACUUUUCACAAAGAGUAGUACUCAAGUUGAAAAACAGCUACACAAUGUCCUCUGUGGUUGUGGAGAAGUAGGGACUUUUUCUUCCAAUCUGGGAAUUUGUAUUGGCACUCUCUUCUAAAGCAUUGCUAGGGAACCAGACAAGACAAAUCUACAAGCUUUUCUAUUAGCUCUGCCAGAUAUGGGAAAUAGUUCUGGCAGGACUCUAUGUUGUGCAUUUGAGUACCUGCCUUUGUGCACAUGUUGAGCUAAUGAAAUGUUUUCAUUUUUCUGCAUUGAACCCCCCUCUAAAAGAUCCAGCUUCUAUCUUUUAAUCUUUGUACAUCAUCUUUUCAAAGCCUUUUGACAUUAUUUAUCCACAUAUUGAAAUCGGCUACAAUUAAUAGCCUGAUGAAUCAUUUUUAAACAAAUGUUAAUUUAGUUUUUUGUUAAACAUCUUCUAACAUGUCUACGAAGGAGUGUCAGGGCCACAUUGAGGGAAAAAAAAUGUCUGAUAAAGUAUACUAUUUUUUGAGAAAAAAGUGAAAUUACGAGAAUAAAUUUGUAAUUUAAUCCGAAUAGUCAUAAUAAUG